AUGUUCGCUGAAAUCGCCGUAUUUGCAAUUAUUGGAGUCAGCCACUCCCUGCUCAUGUUUGACAGAGUUGAUUCUGAGAAUGCGUGCCUUCUCGCGAUGUGCGACGCGGAUUCUGGAUGUGUGCCAAAAGGAUGUUCGAUCGACCAAAACAAUCGUAUUGGAUGUGGAUAUUUUAGACUAAAUAUUUACCAGUUCCGGCAAUGCUAUCAACCUGGCAAAAAAGAGGAUGAGGACGAAGAAGUGGCGUGGAUCAAUUGCGCUGAGGAUUACGGAUGUUCAUCAGAAUGCAUUCGGAUAUUGGGCAGUCGUUUCCGAGUGAAAUGCUACGGCAAAUCCGACUGUGAAACGUUAGCUCGAAUCCACGAUGGAGGUGCAAAUGGCUGUCGUGACAGGUAA